CCAGGCGCAAAGAGCAUAUACCUCCGACCACGCAAAGGCUUGAAUUCCCUCAAAAUGGGCAGGCGACAACGCCUCAUCAGCAAGUCGAUCCUGCGCGCAAUCUUCUCCCCGAAGAGAGCAUAUGGUACAGAUGACCGCCCCAGUCUGCUUGCGCGGAUCCUAGCUUUCUUCGCUGUCUUCAACCUUACCCUAGCACGAUACCGAGCAGCGCUCUUCAGGAGACUACGGAACGAAAUAUGGGAGAUUGAUGAAGAAGAGUACACGGAGUCAUUCCGCUCCACAAGUCACAACAAGAGGACCGACCUCGUCGCUGUGGGAGAUUUAGGCUACUCAGGCUCGACAUUUUUUACGACACCAAACUCUAAAUUCUUACUCAAGUCACUUCCCCGCCACUUCGAGCAAUCCUUCUUCCGAGACCGCCUCCUAAAUCCCUACGUCGAGCACAUGGAGCUCAACCCAGGCUCUCUACUCGUCCGCAUCACCGACCUCUUAUACUCGCCUGCGCCGACUAUUGGCGCUGCUCUGGGUACCGCGCCUGGACAUCACAUCGUGAUGGAGAACAUUUUGUACGGCAAGUCGGAGUGCUCGACAGACGAUCAAGAACAAUGGGAAACAUAUGACCUGAAGCCGAACGACUACUUCUAUCCUGAGCGUGAUGUAGCUGGCGGCAGACUUGCGCCCGAAAGCGUGAAAGAUCGCUUGAUCGACGAGUUCCCGGACAAGGUUCGACUGACGAUCGACCAAAAGGAGGACCUUGUUGCUCAGAUAACGAAGGAUACCAAGAUCCUGCAGGAAAACAAUGCAGUUGAUUACAGCCUCUUCCUUGUCCGAUAUCCAGCCUCCACAGCAUCCACCUACAACGUUCCCGUUCCGCCCGGAAAAGACGCGCCAUGGCGCACUGGGCUCACCUCAAAUGAUGGCAAAUGGGUGUAUCGGGCCAUCCUUCUUGACUUCUUCUGGGCAAAAGACGCAGUCCAGGCGAUGGCGAUGACCGGCCUAGUCAACACAUUUAACUUUCUCAAAUGGGGCAGGGACCAUGGACCCAUGAGCAUUACGACUACGAGUGACGAGUACCGCACGAGAUUCUUGCGUAUGGUCGAUGACAUGAUCGAAGUCCCUGACAGCUCAGGUCAGCCAGCGGGUCAGCUACGGAGCCAGCCUCCAAGCACGGGGGACCUUAUCGGCGAGGUCUAACCAGUUUUCUUUCCACGUUCCUUAUUUCUUGGGCGUCUCGGUAAUGGAUAAGGAGUCAAACGUUGAAAUCAGGACACAGAAAUACCCCAUAUCAAUUCCCGUUUUCGGAACCCCAAUGAGCACUUACUUUCAGCGUUAAA